CACUUUUGUGACCAAACACGGAAGUAGUUCAAAGAAACUCCCGCGUAGUUUUUUCAUCGUUUGGAUAAGCCAUGUGCCUUUGUUGGAGGUGCAGUGUGUUUACAACCGAAUGACUGCGAUGUCUAAACUAAAGAGGAAGAAGUCAGCGAUAGAGGAGAGUAAAUGCGAGCAGCAGACGACGAUCAAAAAGUCAAAUGGCAGUCUAAGUGCAGAACAGGACAGCAGCUGCAGCAAAACAUCUACAGGCAGGGCGAGAUGGUGGGAGAGUUCUGAAUUAAGUGAUGUGGAGAGACUCUGGGCUCUUACCUUGAGAGCUUUUUGCCCAGCCCUGCAGUCUGAUCAGGAAGAAUGUAUUCCACAGCUCCCCCCACCCUCAUCCACGAAAACUGUACAAAAAAUAAGUGAUUGGAGGUGGUACAGUGCAGAUGAAGAUGUUAAUCCCCCUCUGAAUUUGCCCGCUCCAUCUUUCCUCAACAACCCACAACCAGUGAAUGUGGUCAAGAACCCCUCGCAACCUCCAGCAGCAGAGAGCAUGGGAGAAUGUAGUCCACCAGCCAUCGCUGAUCAAGAGAAUCAUGCAUCUUCACCUGAUCAAGAGAGUGGGUCAGUAUGUGACAUACAAACUGCUCAGCAGCGCCACCUAGAAGACAAUUGGGUUGAGGGUCAUGAAUUGUCAGACGGACAGAGUGACAAAUUUGACCAAGUGGGGAAAGUCACAAAAGGAUCUGGAGCAGGAUUGGAUGUGCAAUCUGGAGCAGGGAAGGGGGUAAAAACAGGUGCAGGCGGAUCUGGAUCAUGGUUAAGAACAGUAUCUGAAGCAGAAGGAUCGGUAUCAGGCAUGGGAACAAAACAAGGAUCAAGUGGAUCUGGAUCAGGGCAGAAAGCAAAAUCUGGAACAGGAGGGUAUGGAGCAGGUCAGCGAGCAAAAUCAGGAGUAAGAGGAUCUGGAUUAGUGCUGGGAGCAAAAUCUGGAGUGGGAUUAGAUGUAGAAUCUGGACCAGGGAAGGGGGUAAACACAGGUGCAGGUGGAUCUGGAUCACGACUAAGAACAAUAUCUGAAGCAGUUUCAAGCAUGGGAACAAAACUCAGAGCAAGUGGAUCUGGAUCAGGGCAGAGAGCAAAAUCAGGGCUAGGAGGAUUUGAAUCAGGGCUGGGAACAAAUUCAAGAGAAAGUGGAUCUGGAUUGGGGCAGGGUACAAAAUCUGGAUUGAAUUUGGGGCAAAAAUCAGCGACAAAAGAAUCUGGAGCAGCAUCUGGAUCAGGACUGGGAACAAAAUUAAUAGCAGAAGGAUCCGGAACAGCAACGGGAACAGGACUGGGAACAAAAUCAGGAGCAGAAGGAUCUAGAGCAGCAUCUGGAACAGGACUGGAAACAACAUCUGGAACAGAAGGAUCUAGAGCAGCAUCUGGAUCAGGAUUGGGGACAACAUCUGAAGCAGAAGGAUCUAGAGCAGCAUCUGGAUCAGGACUGGGAACAACAUCAGGAACAGAAGGAGCUGGAUCAGGACUGGAGUGCUGCCCAAUGUGUCUGAUGCCAUUUCCUGCAGGGUUCACCCAAAUGCAGUGUGAUGGUCAUCUUGCACAAUGUUUAUCAGAGAUGAAUGAAGACAUUAUUUGGUGAUGAUGGAAUGAGGAAAUUCUGUUAUAUCAUUUUAGAUACUUGUGUUUUCCUUCAUGAGCCUGCCAAGUAUUACUUUAAUGUGGCACUGCGCGAUUAAUCACAUGCGAUUGUCAUGCAUGUCUCUUUAGUAAAGCUGGUUCUGUGAUUAGUACUAAUUAUCCAUCACCUGUUUUCAAAUGGAGCAGCACUUAAUAAACAGAUCCGUAGUUCGCUGACAAGCGACGCAAUAUCGCGUUUAUAACUGAAUGUGAUUCAUCUGCCGCUCCAGAGCAGGUGAUGGAUAUUUAGUACUAAUUGCGAUUAAUCGUGCAGCCCUACUUUAAUGUUUUGAUUACUGUACACUGUAAUUGAUAUACUUUAUACAGAAGACCUGGAAAGGAAAAAGAUUUCCUGAAAAUGUACUCUGCCUCAGGCCAUCCAAGAUGUAGAUCAAUUUGUGUCUUCAUCAAAACAGAUAAAUGUAGCCAUACAUCUAUUGCUCAUCAAUGGAUCCUCUGCAGUAAAUGGGUGCCGUCAGAAUGAGAUUCCAAACUUCUGAUAAAAGCAUCACAAUAAUCCACAUCAUUGAAGUCCAUCAGUUAAUCUCGUCAAGUGAAAAAAGCUGCGUGUUUGUAAUAAACAAAUCCAUCAUUACACGGUUUUAAUUUUAAACCUUCACUUCUGGUCCAUAGUCCACAAUAACACUUCCCCCAGUGAAAAAGUCCAUCCCAUGUUGUCCUCUCAAAUCAAAACCCCAUUGACAUACUUAUUUAGAACUGUUUUAGAUAGUUUCCACUUCUGUCAAACUGUGUUGAUCGGUGCAUAUUUCUCUCCUGAUUCAGAGGAGAUUACCCUUUCUCAGGAAAAGCAAUAAUAUGAAUAAGUAGCAUGGUUUGAAAUUAAAAACGUCUUAAAUGUGGUCUUAUUACAAACACACAACUUGUGUAUUACUCACAUUAUUUGCGGAUUAUUGUGAUGUUUUUAUCAGCUGUUUAAACACUCACUCUGACGGCACCCAUUUACUGAAUAGUGAGUAAGUGAUGUAAUGCUAAACUUCUCCAAAUCUUUUGAGAUAAAAGAAACAAACUUGGAUGGCCUUUUCACUUUUGGGUGAACUUUUCCUUUAUAUACUUCUUAUAAGAUACGAUUGGUCAAUAUGCAUUGUGCAAUAAAGACAGUGCUCUCCCACAAACCAGUGUUUUUCUUUUCUUUUUCUUCUUUUCUCCACACCCAGAAAUCAUGAGACAGGAAAUGUAAAGUCAGUACAAUGAACAUUUACUGAUUUACAGUUGUUAUCUAAGAUGCUUAAGACUAAACCUCAUAAACCCAAAGACAUGUUCACAUCUCUCUCUCCCACCCUCAGCCCACAGAAACUCUACUAGAGCUUUCAUUUACAAUAAGUUAUAAAACAAACACUUCAAAUAUAAAAGUAUUCCCCUGUAGCACAUUGAUAAGAGCGUCACUUGCUUUGGAGUCAAUGUAAGGAAAGAACCAAAAAAGAAAAAAAAG